GGGGUAAUACAUUUUCGCUGGUAGCAUUUAUUCUGGAAUGUCUCUGUUCGUCAUCAACAGAUACCUCGGGGAUGAGGUGACCACAUCUGAAGAUCGUUCCAAAGCCCUGCUACAGAAAUUGCAUGAACAGGCCAAGGACAGGCAACAACAACAACAGAGGCCGCACUCAAAAGAGAAGGGUACUCCAAAAAGCAACCAUGUUGAAGAAACAGACAAAACAAUCAGCACAGAAGCUGAAACUGAAACUCCAAGGAAAACUAAAAAAAGAAAGAAAAAACAGGAGGAAGAAGUAAAGAGUCCCAGUGAGAAUGAGCAGGACAGUCAGCUACAAGAAGCUACACAUAUUAAAGAGAAAAAACAGACCAAAAAGAAGAAGAUCAUAGUGGAGGAAAAGGAUGAAAGCCCGGAGCACAUUUCUGAACAUGAUGAAAGGAGCAGGGCAGAACAAGAAUCUAGUAAGACAGAAGAAGAAUCUCGAAGGGCAGAAGAAGAAUCUAGUAGGGCAAAAGAAAUAGAACCUAGUGGGGCAGAAGUAACCACAUCCAAUCCUAAUUCCAUUCUCCUUGGAGGGUUUGAGCCCAAGGCUGUUGAGAAGGUUUUGCCAGUUCUGCCCCAAUGGUUGACUCAGCCAAGUUUCUUACAAAAGAAUAUUAAGCAGAACUUGGUUCCCAUUCAUGAUAUCCCUGGCCUGCACCCUAAAGUGCUGAAAAAGCUAGAAGUCAACAAGGUGAAAGAUUUUUUCCCAGUCCAGGCUGAAGUUAUCCCUGCCGUUCUGGACAGCUCUUGCCAUGGCUUCUUGUUGGGUAAGGGUGGAUACCGUCCCAGCGAUGUUUGUGUUUCUGCACCUACAGGAAGUGGGAAGACAUUGGCGUUUGUUAUCCCUAUAGUUCAGACUCUGCUACAGCGAGUAGUAUGUGAAGUGCGAGCACUUGUUGUGUUGCCUACCAAAGAGCUGGCCCAGCAGGUCUGUAAGGUAUUUAACACAUAUGUGGAUGGUAUGGGACUGAAAGUGGUCAUGAUAGCAGGACAGAAAUCUUUUCUCAAAGAGCAGGAAUCUCUUAUACAGAAAACAGCAUUUGGCUUUAGUAGCUUGGCAGAUAUUCUUGUGUGCACCCCAGGGAGGCUUGUAGAUCAUAUUCAGCAAACAGAAGGAUUUAACCUGAGGCAUCUUCGGUUCUUGGUUAUUGAUGAAGCAGAUCGAAUGAUUGACAGCAUGAAUCAGGAUUGGCUCAAUCAUGUUACUAAAGCAGUGUUUCGGUUGGAGGCUGGUUCUCCCAACAUGCUAUUCACCAGGAAAGAACCUGGAAUACUCACAGCAGCCAGCUCUUGCCUUCACCAGACUCCUCUGCAGAAACUGCUCUUCUCAGCCACUCUAACCCAGAACCCAGAGAAACUAAAACAGCUAGGCCUGUACCAGCCCAGGCUCUUCAUCUCCAAGCAAAAGGGAAAUCCAAAUGAUUCCUCUGAAACACAAAUGGAACCAAGUAUAUCAGGGAAUUUUUCACUUCCAGAGGGGCUUACGCAUUACUACAUUCCAUGCAAUCUGAAUUCUAAGCCUCUUAUCCUUCUACACUUCCUCUUGUCUCUUCGUUUCUCCCGCGUCCUCUGUUUCACCAACUCAAGGGACGCCUCCCACCGCCUGUAUCUGCUGAUCCGUAGUUUUGGAGGAAUCGAUGUGGCAGAAUUCUCCUCUCGCCUUAGUCCAGGGGAGAGGAAGAGGACCCUGAAGGAAUUUGAGCAAGGGAAAGUUCAGUUGUUGGUGAGUACAGAUGCAACAGCAAGAGGAAUCGAUAUCAAGGGAGUCAAAUGUAUAAUAAACUAUGAUGCGCCACAGUUCAUUCGAACAUAUGUUCAUAGGGUGGGUCGAACAGCUCGUGCAGGGAAAGCUGGCCUAGCAUUCACAAUGCUGCUUAAAGUUCAGGAAAAACCCUAUUUUGGUAUGUUGAGGGAUGCUGGGGCCCCAGAGCUGCAAAGGCAACUGGUAAAGAGCGAGUGUCUAAAGCAAUAUGAGCAGCGAUAUGAAGAGGCUCUAAGUGAGUUACAGAAAGCAGUCAAGAAUGAGAGAGCUCAGAAGAGAUCGUGAGACUAGCUAUAUGACACUAAACUCAUCUGCCGUUUGGGGAACCUAGCUACUGACUGCAUCCCUAUAGUCAGUAAUGCUGGAACUGAGCUUUCAAAUAUGCCUAUAGACUUGUUCAGCUACCAGACCCUAGGGUCAACCAGCCUGACCAUCAAGUACUGCUCCUGGUGAGCUCAUCCUUUUUGUGUUUGCCCAUAUCAGUAGGGUUCACAAGUGCCAGAAAGUCGGAAACCAGGUGACUGGAGGAGUAUUUGUAAGCUAAUAAAUACAUUUUAUUUAUUUAAA